AUGCUGGUGGUGGCGGGUGCUGGCAGCGGCAAGACCCGCGUGCUGGUGCAUCGUAUUGCCUGGUUGAUCGACGUUGAAGGAGUGUCACCCCACGGCAUUCUGGCGGUGACGUUUACCAACAAAGCAGCCUCAGAAAUGCGUCUGCGGAUUGAAGAAAUACUCAAUAUGUCCGCGCGUGCCAUGUGGGUAGGGACCUUUCACGGCCUUGCCCAUCGCCUGUUACGCAUGCACUGGCAGGAAGCCAGGCUGCCACAGAAUUUUCAGAUCCUCGACAGCGAUGAUCAGCUGCGCCUGGUCAAGCGCGUUAUGCGCAGUAUGGACAUUGAUGAACAGAAAUGGCCGGCACGGCAGGCGGUCUGGUUCAUCAACGGCCAGAAAGACGAAGGCAAAAGGGCGAAAGAUGUGCCUGCCAGCGACGAUCUGUUUCAGAUUACGCACAAACGUAUUUAUCAGAGCUAUGAAGAAGUGUGUGACCAGGGCGGUCUGGUCGACUUUGCAGAAUUGUUACUGCGCUCGCAUGAGCUUUGGUUGAACAAUAAAGACCUGUUGGCCCACUACCAGGGUCGCUUCAGCCAUGUGCUGGUUGAUGAAUUCCAGGAUACCAAUACCAUUCAAUAUGCCUGGCUGCGGGUGCUGGCUGGAAAAGCUGCCCACGUCAUGGCUGUUGGUGAUGACGAUCAGUCGAUUUACGGCUGGCGCGGCGCCAAGAUUGAAAAUAUCCAUAAGUAUUCGGCUGAUUUUGAAGAUGUCACAACCGUUCGCCUGGAGCAGAACUAUCGCUCUACGCAAAACAUUCUGGACGCCGCCAAUGGUCUGAUUCAGCGUAAUACGGAUCGUCUGGGCAAACAGCUCUGGUCCGAUGGGCCCGUCGGUGAGCCUAUUCGUGUUUACUCCGGGUACAACGAUUUAGACGAGGCGCGAUUUAUUGUUGAGACCACCCAGCAAUGGUUGGAAGAAGGCGGCAGCGCAGACGAGGUUGCCGUGUUGUAUCGCUCUAAUGCGCAAUCGCGGGUUAUAGAAGAAGCCAUGUUGCGGGCCAAUAUUGCCUAUCAGAUCUAUGGUGGCCAGCGGUUCUUUGAGCGUGCAGAAAUCAAGAACGCGCUGGCCUAUAUGCGUUUGAUGGAAGAUCCACAUUCAGACACUGCUUUUGAGCGUGUGGUUAAUACGCCGCCGCGAGGUAUUGGAGAAAAGUCUAUAGAGGCCGUGCGCCAAUAUGCCCGCGAUCAUCGUGUGUCUCUCUGGCAGGCCUGUAAAGAGGGCAUUGCAUCCGGUGCCUUCAAAGGCCGUGUGCAGACCACGUUAGGUGGCUUCAUCGCGCUCAUCAACGAUAUGAGUGACGCGGUGGCUACCAUGCCAAUGCACGAACUGGCCGACCACUGUAUUGAUGCCAGCGGACUGAUGACCUAUCACCGGCAGGAGCGUGGAGAACGUGGUCUUGCGCGUAAAGAGAACCUCGAGGAACUGGUCAGUGCCUGUCGCCAGUUUUCCGGCGAGACACUGUUUCCGUUAGCAGACAGUGACCAGGCUGAAGUCUCAGAGCUGAAAGAAUUCCUUGAUCAGGUUGCCCUGGAUGCCGGCGAUCGGCAGUCCCAGCAGGGUCCGUGUGUGCAGAUGAUGACGCUGCAUUCUGCAAAAGGGCUGGAGUUUCCGCUGGUGUUUUUGGGCGGCAUGGAAGAAGGGCUAUUCCCACAUCGCAUGUCUGCCGAGGAGCCGGGUCGUCUCGAAGAAGAACGGCGACUGGCUUAUGUAGGUAUCACCCGCGCCAUGACACAACUCUAUCUGACCUACGCAGAGUCCCGCCGCCUGCAUGGCCAGGACAGCUACAAUCGCCCCAGCCGUUUUUUGAUGGAAAUACCCCAGCACCUGAUUGCGGAGGUGCGCAUGAAUGGUGCGGUGCAACGGCCGUACGGUACCCCUAGCAGCACCGGUUCAAGCAGCCUCUUUCAAGAAACCCAUGAGCUGGGCUUUCGCAUGGGCCAGCGUGUUGCGCAUGGGAAAUAUGGCGAGGGUGUGAUUCUGCAGAUUGAAGGCGGCGGUGACCGCGCCAAAAUUGAAGUUAACUUCCCCGAGGUGGGCGCUGCGGCGAAUACCCAGAAGGUCUAUCGCUGGAAGCUCAUCACAACCUGGCCAAAAAAUCUGCCAGGCCUUGGCAUGGCGCCAGAACGUAUGGCGGAAAACCUUCGUGUCAUGAGCAACGGCCGCCUCGACAUUAAAGUUUACGGUGCAGGUGAACUGGUCGGCGCAUUUGAAGUCUUUGAUGCAGUAUCCCAGGGUACAGCUGAAAUGGGUCAUGGUGCGGCGUACUACUGGCGCGGCAAAAUCCCAAUAGCUGCAAUGUUUGCCACCGUACCGUUUGGCAUGAAUGCCCAGGAGAUGAAUGGCUGGCUGCACUAUGGCGGUGGUCUGGAACUGUGGCGCGAGCUGUAUGAACCUUUCAAUCUGUACCCCAUUGCUGCGGGUAAUUCCGGCGUUCAGAUGGCGGGCUGGUUUAACAAAGAAAUAAACAGUGUGGCCGAUCUGCAGGGUCUGAAAAUGCGCAUCCCCGGUCUUGGCGGUGAAGUACUCAAGCGUGCCGGUGGAGUGCCGGUAUCACUUCCAGGCAAUGAAGUGUUCACCAACCUGCAGACUGGUGUUAUAGAUGCCACGGAAUGGGUUGGGCCGUACAACGACCUGGCUCUGGCGCUGCAUACGGUAGCUAAAUAUUAUUAUUAUCCAGGCUGGCAUGAACCUGGCCCGACAUUGGAAGCGAUUAUCAACAAAGACGCCUGGAACAGUCUGCCCCCUGACCUGCAGGCGAUGAUUGAGACCGCCUCGCGGGCCAUUAAUGAAGAUAUGCUCAGUGAGUUUACCGCGCGCAACAACAGUGCACUGCAGACUUUGAUCAACGAGCACGGUGUGGAAUUACGCGCGCUACCUGACGAUGUCAUCGCGGCCUUACGUGCAGCCGCUAAAGACGUUGUCGCGGAAGCUGCUGAUGAAAACGAACUAUCCAGACGCAUCUAUGAUUCCUACACGGGGUUUCUUGAAGAUGUGCGCGCCUAUCACGAGAUCAGUGAAAAAGCCUACUUGAAUAUGCGGUAA